AUGUCUAAGCUCCCACAAUCCAACGAUGUUGUCCGAAAUGAAAUCGCUUUAGAAAGUCAAGUUUUGAUUGUUAUGACUGGUGGUACCAUUGGCAUGCAACACUCCUCAACGGGCUAUAUACCAGCCGCGGGUUUCCAAGAAGCCUGUCUAUCAGGAAUUCCGCUCUUCAAUGAUGGAUCUCCAUCCUCCAUGCUUGAUGUGGUCAUUGAUACCAACGGGGAUAUUCGGAGACUUGCCAGCCUGCGGACCCCUCCAUCGGUCUACCAGCGGCAGAUCAGGUAUACAGUAUUCGAAUUUGAUGAGUUGAUGGACAGUUGCUCGGUUAGCGCGAAAGAAUGGACGGAAAUCGCUGAGAUAAUUUUCUGCAAUUACGAUUUAUUUGAUGGCUUUGUCAUUCUGCAUGGCACCGACACCUUGGCAUAUACCUCCUCCGCACUAAGCUUCAUGUUACGGAACCUCGCUAAACCAGUUAUCCUGACUGGGGCACAAGCUCCGAUGAGAGAACUGCAGAGUGAUGCUAUCCACAAUCUUCUUGGAUCUUUGGUCAUAGCGGGUCAUUUCAAGAUUGCAGAAGUCUGUCUAUACUUCAAUAACCGACUACUACGUGGCAACAGAGCAACAAAGAUUUCUGCCAGUGAUUUUGCUGCGUUCGACUCUCCUAACUAUCCACCACUAGCUAUCACAUCCUCUUCAAGAACAAAUGUUGCAUGGGAGCUGGUUCGUAAGCCGAUGGAGACGGAGAGAUUUUCUCUACAAAAAGUGCUAGAUACGAAGCACGUGGCUACUCUGCGCCUUUUUCCUGGUAUCAGACCUGAGAUGGUGAAUGCAGUCUUGAAAAUGGAGGGGCUUCGCGGUUUAGUGCUGGAGACGUUUGGUCCAGGAAGCGCACCGCUUGGUCCUGACCGAGCAUUGAUCAAGACACUUGCGCGCGGGGUCGAUGAGGGUAUCGUUAUUGUCAGCGUCUCGCAGUGUAUGCCCCAUCUUUUCCCUAUAACGAUCAUCACUUGCUUACAAGCUAUAGGUCUAACAGGAAGCGUCAACCCUAUCUACGAUUCGGUCGCUAGUCUUGGCAAUGCUGGCAUAGUGGCUGGACUUGAUAUGACCACAGAAGCCGCACUGACAAAAUUGGCAUACCUCUUUGCAUUGCCAAGCUCAACGACUCGGUCUGUGGCUAACGAUAUGGUUAAAUCCAUUCGAGGUGAAUUGGUAGAAAGCUCGAAGCCGAUUUUCGAGCAUUCAAAAGUCAACACAUCCGAAAAGUCGCAAGGCUUCAAUGAUUUAUGCGAUGCAAUCUCUUCCAAUGAGCUUGAACGUGUUCAAGGAAUUCUCAAUGUCCAGAAUCGCAGUUACUUGAAUGACUCAGAUUACAUGGGCAACACACCAUUGGUUAGUUCGCACUGGCAACGAAGGUUUACAGAAGCUCAUGAAUAUAGCAUGUGGCCGCUGUUUCACCAUCAACUGCAAUCCUCCGCCUCCUUCUGUUUAAUGGGGCCCUCCCAAACGCGCAUAAUAGAACAGGCAACACUCCACUCUUUCUUGCAGCUAGAGCAGGCCGGGAGCAGCACUUGUCGGUCUUGA